AUGGUGGAAACAAAGAUCGAAGACCGUGCCAUCAAACUUUCACGUGAAGCUGUCGAGCUGGUCGAUGCUGGCCACAAAGAGGCCGCCGCACGAAACUUACGCGAAGCACUCUCCCUUGCGCCCCAGAACCCUGAGGUCAAGGCUGCCUUUCUCAAAGUCCGCAGCGAAGAGGAGAGCGGGCACCCUCUGUUGGACUCAUGCCGUCGAUACGUCGCCGACAAAAAUGAGGAAGCCGGAAAGGAAGCUGCACGGUACCUCCGCUCCGAUGGUUUCAAGCCGUCGGAAACUGUUUCUCUACAGUGCCUCAACCUCAUCUUGGCUCAAAAUGCGGAAUCCCUGUCCUCCACCCAAGACGACAUCAUCUCGGGCCUGGUUCGACAAAACCUUGGCGUACGACAACUAUUUUCCUCACGCCUUCAGAUUUCAGUGACCACCUUUUUCGACGAGAUUUAUCAUCGAGGCGAUGGUUCGGUGGUCUGUCUAGACACGGUCGUCCUUGAUCCCACUUUAUGGCCGUCGGAAGAGGUUCGAUCGCACUGUGAAAGUGAGCUCUUCCAGCUCUUUAUCGCAAAGCUGAUGGAGUCAGGCCAUGACCUUGAUGGCCGGUCUUUGAAGGGGAUAACCAGGCUUCUAGCUGUCAACGCACAGAAAUUACAGCAUCUUAUUGAUGAUGAGGAGUUUGAUGUUAUUUUAUCAUCGCUUGAUUACAGACUUCCGCUCGAUGUUCGAAGUCAAGCGACUUUGGCAACUGCAAAGUAUCUCGAGGUAUCCAAAGAUGUUGGUCAGAAACGCUUCUCACGUUUAAUCACAGCCAAGGUUGCCAAAGCUCGUAACGACGACUUGAUCGCCGCUUUUUCUGCCGCUGCUGCCGUUUUCCCCGUGGCCCCCGCAGUUACAUCCUCACUUUUUCUGACCGAAGGCUUCCUCCAGUCCCUCGUACCCCUACUUCAUCGUGAAGCGAAAUCUCCCAAAGUCGAAGUUGCCCUUCUGGAAUUGUUCAACGCUGCAUGUCUGGAUCAAACAUGUCGCGAGGCAAUAGGCAAGAACUGCGGCGAAUGGCUUUCUCAUGUCUUAUCCAAUGGAUCUGAUGCCAGUUCGGAGCUAGCUGCAGUAGUGCUGGCGAAAGUGAGAGCAUCCGAAAAGAAUGGUAAUUCGGAUUCAGGCAACAAGACAUGUGAAGACGACAAUAGCGUUCAACAGCUGGUUGAUCGCUUCAAGGGCCAGAUUUCGAGUGCGAAAGUCACUAAUGUCAGCAACGUGAUUGAGGGCUUAGCAUUUUCGUCCGUGAAACCAGACAUCAAGGAGCAGCUGACAUACGACACGGUCUUUCUCAAAGGUCUCUUUGACGUUUUAAUUUCACACUUAGACGAUUCAUCCUUAGUCUACGGAGGAUUAAUGAUAAUUGCUAACCUGACGAGAUAUUUGCCCAAUCUAUCAGAAGAGCAAAAGAAAAUGUCGGAGCUCAAAGCCUAUUCUGUAGCAUCCAAAGCCUCUGCCACACCAAACCCACUCGACGACGACGAACAUGUUACGGCACGUUGUAAUACGCUGAUUGACGCUAGCAUCAUGACUCUUCUCAAUGACUGCGGCAAAUCGAAUUUGAAGUCUAUCCAUGAUCUCUCUAGCAAGAUUAUUUUGUCCUUAUCCAAAAAUCCGAAAUCUCGUGGGAAGCUUGCUCAGCAGGGAUGCGUCAAGCUUCUUCUUUCGAUCCUGGGUCCAAAGAGCGGCAGUCCUAUUCCGAGUUUCAAUGAAACUACGCAGAAUGCAUCACAUGCGCUGGCUCGCAUACUCAUCUCUGUCAAUCCGUCUCACGUCUUCCCCUUUUCCGGGUUUCCGCAGAUCACAUCAGCCAUCAAACCACUGGUAGCCCUUCUGUCACCACCGGAAGCUACAUAUGCUGUGGGCCAGCCGCGCGACCUUCUUCCCGUAUUCGAAAGCCUCUUGGCCCUCACGAACCUCGCAUCUUCCCCAGACAGUACGGCAGCGGAGUCGAUAGUGCGACAUGCGUGGGACAUUUUAGAAGAUCUUUUACUAUCUACCAAUACAUUCAUCCAACGGGCCGCGUGUGAACUUAUCUGCAAUCUGAUGACUUGUGAAUCAGGGGUUGUGAAAUUCGCGGAUGGGUCGAAACGCGCUGCUCAGCGUCUGCAUGUGCUACUUGCUCUCACAGAUGUCGACGACGUCGCCACCAGGCGAGCGGCAGGAGGAGCACUAGCUAUGCUUACCGAGUACGACGCAGCCAUUGCAGCUGUCCUGGACCGACCACGCGGUGUCAAUCUUCUCCUCGGGCUGUGUCAAGAAAACAACGACGACCUGGUGCACCGCGGGGUUGUUUGCAUUCGCAAUCUGACAUGCACAGCUUCGGGCGACAUUGGUAGUCGAGCCCGGGACGCAGUAAGGCAGAAUAACGGAAUCGACACGCUGAAGAGCUGCCUCAAGCGGUGUGCCAACCCUUCAAUUCUGCAAGCCGGCGUGGAAGCGUUGAAACCUUUGGUGGAGCAGAGCGCAAAAUAG